GAGUGAUUGAUGGUGAUGGUAAUGAUUGAAGAUUGAUGAUGUGAUAAUGACAAUGGUGACUUUUGCUCCAUCCCUAACAUUGUGCCUAUUUAUUUAUCCUUCAGACAGACAUUGAAAGAACUACAAGAGAGGUCUUUUAUGGAGGAGAAAGCCUGGCUGAAAUUACACAGUUACCUGCUGCGUACGUUGAUAGCAGCGAUCUACUUGGGUCGUCAGCCUGACAGUAGUGCUACUACUACACAGAAUGGUACCAGUGCUGUUAGUAAGAGACCAAUGGUGCAUGUUUUGAGAGACCUUAAGCAAUUAUUUCAACAACAUGUCGUCGACUGUAAACAUUACAAACUCCCCAUCAAGUACACCAUCCAUGGACCCUAUCCAACACGGAUAUCUUCGUAUCUCCUACAAAACCAUCACCAAGUAUUCCUGCUAAUGGUCGAGCAUGUUCUUUAUAUUCACCUCUUGUACGAGAACGGUUUCGACAAAGCAGAUGAAGAGGAAGAAAAACGAAUUCAGACAACUGUAGUAUCUCUCGUUGAUGGUCUGGUGUCUAAGCACAAAUGUAGUUUAAUCAGUGAAGAGAAUGGUAAGAAAACAUGGAACCUUACUUUACUGGAAAAUCUUGUGCUUUUAGCUGAGACCAUCUCACAUAUUACCAUUCUGGCAGCUGUCUGCCAUCGUAUAUUGAAACCCAUGAAGACAUCUUGGGUGAAGAAGAACAAAAAGAAGAAAGAAUUAAAUAUACCCCAGCCAAAAACCUUUGAAAAUUUCAACAACCUAACAGCAAGUUUGGAAAAGUCAACGCACGAACUCCAUAAAGCUGUCACAGAUAUUAAUCCAGUGUUUAAGUUAUUGAAUUUACAUCAUCUCAACUUGACUGAGAGUAUCUCUUCGGAAGAGGAGGAUGUUGCCAUGGAGAUGAUGAUGUGGAAGAGAGUUGAAGAGAGCUAUCAACAGUCUGCUCACCAAGUCACGGACCUUUUACAUCACAAGCUGGAGUACCUCAGUUCUCUGCAUCUCUGAAUACCCCCACCACCACCUCCAGCCAAACACCACCACCACCACCUCCUUCCUCUACAAUUGCCAUCACCACCACCACUUCAGGUAGCAGUUGCCAUGCAGUGGAGAGAACCACAUCCCCUCUGCCCCACCCAGCUCGCUCUCUGAUUGUAUCUCCUCACACCCUCACUCUCAAACUACCACCACCACCACCACCCCUACCACUAUUCUGUCCGCUCUGGCAGCAGCAGCAGCCGUGUGUGUGUGUGUGUGUGUGUGUGUGUGUGUGUGCAGUGGACCCUAAGGAUUGUUUGGAGUCUUGUUUCUCUUUUUAUUCCCCCUCACCCCUCUCUCUCUCUUUCACCCUCUUCUGUCUCCCCCUCAUCCCUCUCACAUCCACUCACACACUGAUUCAGAAAUGGAUUUUUUUUUUCUUAUUUAACUUAAAUCUGCUGAAAAUGAUAGGUGGGGUGGUGGUAGUGAAGGGUGGGUGGGUUCGAUUUAAUGAGAGGAGGAGGGAUGGAGAAAAUCCCAGCAUGGCCAGUACUCUCGAUGGAGUUGAAGCAACUAAAGAACUGACUCCCUAACACACCCACCCCUCUUAUGUAAUUUCUAGAAAUCAAGACUGUCAGAUAAAUUGGAAGGUCAUGAGUUCAAAUUCUCUCUGCUGUUGUUUUUCUGGGCUCAGAAUUCUAUCAUCUCUUAACAACCCCUUUCUUUGACCGCAGGUUUAGGUCCACAUAUCAGCCUAUAACAAUCAAAUGUCCUUCUAAAUUUUCUUGGUCCAAUCCAUGGAUGUUAAAUGAUGAUGAUGAUGAGAAUGUCCAAACCUGGGUUCCAAUGAUGUUGAUCUCAACAUUCUUCCGGUGCCAUGCAGUGUGUGAAGGCUCUGCUUUAGAAUCAGCUGAAGGGGUUUAUCCCCCUUCUUGCUCCUUAGUCAAUAGGAACUGGGAGUGGUUAAGAGGAAAACCUUCAGCUGUUGCCUCAGUCUACUUGGCUGACGGAGGAUAGCUUAGCAACCUGUGCUUGUGGUGUGUGAAGGGAUUUAUUUCCUCAUCAAAGACCCAGACAAAAUGAACAACAUUGAGACACUGGCUGGAGAGUCCUUGCUAGACCAUCCCUGUUGGUCCGUCGCUGGAAGGGUAGUAGUGUUGGGUGGUUGGGAGUGGGGUCACUGCACAUUUUGUGGGUUGUGUGGCUUAUGCCAUAGUCCACCCAGCUGCCAGUAGGCACCAUGGCUAUAGGAAAGGCACAGAUCUGCAAUUAUGUUAGCACACCGAUUUUGCUUCAGCUGUUUCCCCUGGGGGAGGCAUCUUGGCCCCAGUACUCUGUCCUUAUCAAGACAGUUGAACCCUCGUAUUUCUCCUUCCCACCCACCCCAUCCCAGCUUAAACAUCGGGAAACUGGUUCAGGAAGGUUGUAAUCUUAACAUGGUAGACAUCAGAAAGCUUGAUGGGGUGGGUGGUAGCAGAGCAGCCUGUGACUCCGUGGUUUUGAGUUCCGAUUUCACGAGAAAGGAAAGAAAAACCAGUGUGUCCUUCGGUGAAGUGGAGGCCUUGCUGUAUGUUUCAUCUCUUGUCUAAUUGUGGGUCUACCACUUAAGCACCUCCUCCCCUCUUGUCUAAUUGUGGGUCUACCACUUAAGCACCUCCUCCUUCUUCCCUCUUGUCUACUUGUGGUACUACCAUUUAAGCAUCUCCCUCUCCUCCCCUUCAUAUAACAUAUCCAGUUUUGUGGUGGGAGGGGUGGACCGUGGUCUCUUUUCACUUCAUCCAUCCACUUAUCCACACACACACACACGUGCACAUCGUCACACACUUCACAGCCUUAUGCACACUUUCACUCACAUAGUCCUGUGGAGGCAUUGUCUCAUAUAUACACACACACACACACCAACGCAGCCCUGAACACACACACACACAUUGUUGUGUGUGCGUGUGUAUGUAUGCAUACACAUGUAUAUAGCGUGUUGUGGUAGGUGGUUGGUGUGGUGCAGCAAAAUGUUUAAGAAAGAAGUAAAAGCAAGAGACGGGAUCCGGUUUCAAUUCUUAACAGGAACGACAUUCACUUUUCUCGUUUUUGGAGAAAUUGUAAAGAGAAUGGUAAAAAAAAAAAAAAGAAAAAAAAAGAGAA